CUUCUUGUCUUCCUUCUACCGACUUCUCGCAAAACUUUACGUCAAAAAUGUCAACAGCUUUCAAGAUUCCUCGUUCGAAAUACAAAUUUGAGGCAUUGCCGGCUUACUUUGUCUAUACGAAUCCCGCCAUUCCGAACGAUUCCUUACCGGCAUAUGCACCAAAGUUUGGUUUAGAAGAAGGAAAACGAUGGAAAGAAGUGAUUGCAGAUUUGGCCAAAUUGAACAGUGAAGCGAAUCAUACUCGACAAAGUUAUAAGCUUGUCUUUGCGGCACGACACGGAGAAGGCGUACAUAAUGUUGCCGAAGCAAAAUACGGUACGAAAGAAUGGGAUGCAAAAUGGUCUCUGGUGAAAGGUGAUGGAGAGAGUGUUUGGGGACCCGAUCCACCGUUGACGAAAGUUGGAGAAGGACAAGCAAUUGAUGCCAAUGGGAAAUGGCAAAAGGAACUCAAAGAUCAGGAUCCUGUCCCGCUACCAACUAUGUUCUUUUCUUCACCGAUGAUCAGAUCGGCACGUACGUUGCAAUUAACGUACGAUGGGAUCGUUUGGCCAGCCAAUCCGAACGAAGAUAAAUCAACAGUACAGGGAACGACAUCUUUGAUUGCACCUCUUGAAACCCGACCUCACAUCCUGGAAUGCCUGCGAGAAGAUUUCAAAGAUCGACAUACAUGUGAUGAGCGGAGCAAGAGAAGUACAAUCGCUGCAUCUUGGGAACCGUUCAAAUGGACAGUAGAUGCAACUAUGGACGAAGAAGAUACAAUCUUUGCUUCGGAUUACAAAGAGAGUAGAGAAGUUAUGACCCAACGAUUGGAAGACGCUUUAAGCUUCGUAUGGCAAUUGGCCGAUGGACACGAUGUCAUCAAUAUCACUUCUCACAGCGGUGCCAUGGAAGCCCUAUUCCGUGCCUGUCAGCAUGACGAUUUCAAGCCAAAGACUGGAGGCAUCGUACCUCUCUUUGUCAGAGCCACAGAACAGAGAGAAAGUAUAGAAUAAGGUCGGAUGUACAUGAUAAUAAAUAUUCAUUAAAAUUCAUAAAGACAACAGGCAAAAAGCGUUUCACCCAAUCACAAAUCGAUCAAUGGCGUUUCAACCGGUCUUGUCCACAUCUGUUGUUGCUGUUGUGGUUGUUGAGAAGGACUCAUCAUUCCAUCACUAUUGAUAGGCAUUGCGUUUGGGUUCGCUGAAGCAUACUUUGUACUUGGAGGUGAUGCGAUCGGCGCACUUGGAACGGAAGGUAAAUUGACAUUAUUACCAUUCAAGUAAGUAGUUGAUCCCUGUCUCCUGUUAUCUUGCGGAGGUGGUGGUGCACUGGCAAGCACAG